GACAUGGGUAAGAUAAAAAGGUUACGCUUUUGUUUAGGUAACUUAAUGUCUCAUACCAUUCCCAUGAACCCAACUUUUUAUCACUUCUAUGACCUUAUAUACAUUGAUGAGAAAUGGUUUGAGCUAACCCAAGAAACAACCACAUUUUACACCCUCCCAACUGAGGAAGAUCCAUAUGAAACCACCCAGUCCAAAAAGUUCAUUCCAAAAAUUAUGUUUCUAGCAGCAGUUGGGAGGCCAAGGUUUGGAAACAAUGGGGAAAUAGUGUGGGAUGGUAAGGUGUGAAUAUUUCCCUUUACAUAUCAGGAAGCUGCAAAAAGGAACAACGAGAAUAGGCCUGCAGGAACACUGGAAACAAAGCCAGUGGAAAUUGUUAACAGGAUUGUUAUGAGGGCGAUGAUUCUUAACAAAGUCAUACCAGCUAUAAAGUCUAAGUGGCCUGAUGCUCAUAAUAGGCACAUUAUCAUGCAACAAGAUAAUGCCAAACCACAUGUAGACCCAGUGACAUAGACAUUGUUCAACUUUGUCAAUAGGAUGGUUGGGAUAUUAAACUUCAAUUCCAGCCACCUAACAGUCCAGACUUAAAUGUCUUGGACUUAGGAUUCUUUAGAGCUAUUGACACAAUCAAAGAUCAGAAAGCUCCAAAGAAUGUCACAGAUCUAAUCAGUGAUGUGGAAAAUGCAUUUGUCGAAAUGACUCCAGAAAACUGAAUAAAGUCUUCUUAAGAUACCAAUGUGUUAUGCAAGAGGUUAUAAAGCAGAAAGGGGGCAACCAGUAUAAGCUUCCUCACAUUGGGAAAGACAGAUUGGCAAGAAUGGAUCAGUUACCAGAGAACAUUGAGGUUAACAUUGAGGCUGCUCGAGAAGAAGCAUGGGCAAAGGUUUCUGUUCUUGAACUAGAGAUCAAUUCUGCCAUACGAGACCUAGAUUAUGAGAGACGCAGAUUGAAAGCUGCCCGGGAAAGAAUCAUGCUUCGAGAGACUCAGCUUCGGGCUUUUUAUUCCACCACAGAGGAGAUUUCAGUUUUGUUUGGGAAGCAGCAGGAGCAGUUAAGAGCAAUGCAAAAGACAUUAGAAGAUGAGGAGAAUUAUGAAAAUACAUCAUUGGAUUUGAACAUUGAACCAAAAAAUCACAAUGCUAAUAAUGGAUCAGUAGUGGGUGAGAGAGGAGGUGGAGGACACUGCUUCAACGCUGCUGCUGCUGCUGCUAAGACGGGCUCCACUAAUUCCACCCAUAGGAACGCCAAAGAUCUCUUUGGGGCAUCAAGUGAGGGGAGCAUGACAGAGAAGCACGAUUGCACCAUCAGAAGCCAACAUGAAGACGGUCAGGGCGGGACCCAGGAGGUGGAGUUUACCAGCAGGGAACACUGUAAGCUCGUGGCCAUUGGUUCUGAUAUCAAUGCACCUAUCAUAGAGGGAGAUCCUGUUGGGACGGAACAAAUCCACGAAACAGGCGAUAACCUUAGCCACCACCUCAUAGGAACAGAAACAGUGGCCGAGACAGAAAGCCAAGAGAGUGAUCAGAGGAAUAUAGACACAAACCAAUUCGAUGGUGGGGAUACAAUGAAUUUAGACGGUAAGACAGAUGAAGCGAGGAAGAAUCCCUUAGAGGGGAACAUAAACGAGACAGAAGAAGUGGGAGAGACAGUGAGAACAUGUGAUCUUUUGUCUUCAGAAGUUGCUGGGAGCAGGGCAUGCAGUGCUGUGGCCCCAUCAUCUCUUCAUCAUGCAGAGAAUGGUUCUCAAAGGAGCAGAGGGAAUACUCAUAAGAAUGAUGGUUCAUCAUCACAUUCUCUAUGUGUUCCUGAGAGCCAAUCUUCCAUGGCAAAUUCUACUCCUCCUCCUCCUCCUCCUCCUACUACUACUACUACUACUACUACUACUACUACUACUACUACUACUACUACUAGUGGUAGUAGACGGGAUCAUGACCGCAAAGCACUUAGCGAGAUGAUUGGAAUCUUCGCUCCAGAUCUGAAGGAGCAGUUUGGUCACGCUGUGGGAGAUGAUGAGGUGGAGGAAAGCGGUGGGAUUGCUUCUGAUUCUGAAACCGAAAGCUGCUCGGACAGUGACAAUGAAGAGGUGGCGGAUACUGAAGUUGGAUCAGCUGCUGCAAUGGAUGCCAAGUAUGAUGAUGAUGAUGAUGAUGAUGAUAAUGUUGAUGAUGAAGGUGAUAAUGUUGAUUGGGAAGAAGAUGAUGAUGAUGAUGAUUAGUAGUUAAGUGACACAUCUGUAAAUAGUUCAGUGUCCUGAUGAGUUUUUUCUUCUCUUUUUCCCCUCCGGAAAACAAAACUGUAGUCUCCUU